AACCGUGCCGAAGCGCCCCCGAACGAUGUAUUCCAGUGUUACCGGUGGAUCCUUACAGUCGACAGUGGUGAUCUCUCUGUGUUUCUCAGAUUCCUUGAACAGCAGACAAUUACAUCUUCAACAAUGGCAGCCUGGGUUGGAAAGAAGUACAAGAUGGAAAAGUCCGAAGGAUUCGAUGAGUACAUGAAGGCCCUCGGUGUUGGCAUGGUGCUCCGCAAGCUCGGCAACAGCAUCUCGCCAACGGUCGAACUGGUCAAGGACGGAGACGAGUACACCUUCAACACCACCUCGACCUUCAAGAACACCACCAUCAAGUUCAAGCUCGGCGAGGAGUUCGAGGAGGAAACCGUCGACGGCCGCAAGGUCAAGUCGGUGUGCACCCUCGACGGCGACAACAAGCUGGUGCACGAGCAGAAGGGCGAUAAGCCAACCACCAUCGUCCGGGAGUUCACCGCAACCGACCUGACGGCCACCAUGACCGCUGGAAACGCCAAGUGCGUCCGGUACUACAAGGCCGCCUAAGCGAGGCCACCGCCGCACAGACGCAAAUCCAUCGCGCCCAUCCUGCAGUUCCGUUCGUUUGACGAAGCGUUCCUUUCGUCGCAAAUUUUUAUCCUAUUACUUGAUCAUACAUCACAGAACAUCGGACCUAGUCAUCAUUCCCAGAAGGGGAAACCGAAUAACGAUCACAUCAUGCGCACAACCCGGAACCCAGCUCAUCCGACCGGGAUGAUCCUCUUUAAGUGUGCGGUCAAAUCAUCGCGUUUCCUCUUCCUCGACUAUCCAAUCUAGACUAGCAGUUAUCUGACGAGUGCGGAGAUGCACCAAGUCAACUGACACAACACAACAAAUCGAACGGACGCACGUUUUUUCAUUAUUCCAUUUAGUAGGUGAAGUGAACAUGUUUUUUCGGCUGUUUUGUUUAUUCUUUUCUUCUGAGAAUCGUUGUUGAACCGAAGUAAAAUAUCUAUUUUCGGAUAUUAUUUUUAGCUUUUAGUAAUGCAUGAAGCAUUUUUGUAUAAACGAUAAAUAAAAAAGAAAAGUACAUAUUUUGCAGUGUAUUAUCGAAA